GUCAGGAUCGCAUCCAGCUACGCGAAAUGCUUUGCGAACUGAAUCUAACAAGAGCAAUCCUCCCCGAUUCCGUGCGUUUCGGUGAGGAGGCAUGAAUUCACAUGCCCAGGCAGACAAGUGGGCUAAAGAACUCGGCGAAGUGGGAAGGUCAUUUUAAGUGGAGAGAGAGCUCGCGUCGAGUAUGGUCUGUGGACAAGGGAACAUCACACAGAGCCAACAUCAGUAACUUCGGGAUUUACUUGUAAAGGCGCUUUUUCUUUCUGGAGAUCGUAGGAUAAUCUGUGUGUAAACAUGCCUGUCAGAAGAGGACACGUUGCGCCACAAAAUACAUUCCUUGGAAUGAUUAUUCGGAAAUUCGAGGGAGAGAACCGGAAAUUUGUCAUAGCCAACGCCAGGGUGGAAAACUGUGCAAUCAUAUACUGCAACGACGGCUUCUGUGAGAUGACAGGCUUCUCUCGACCGGACAUCAUGCAGAAACCAUGCACCUGCGACUUCAUGCAUGGCAACCUGACAGAGAAAGAGGCCAUCAGCCAGGUGGCCCAGGCUGUGUUUGGCUCAGAGGAGCGCAAGGUGGAUAUAACCUACUACCGCAAGGAUGGAUCCGACUUUCAGUGUAAUAUUCACGUAAUCCCAGUGAGAAAUGAGGAAGGCCUGGUGAUGAUGUUUAUCCUAAAUUUUGAAUAUGGCGUGGAGGAGGAAAGUGACAACUCCACAGAGAAGAUAAGCCCAACAUCCCCUUCAAAGUCUGAUCAAAGGAGUAGAUUCUUCCGCUUCCGCCAGGCUGCUUUGAGCUUAAUGAACACCAAGCAAUCACUUCCGCAAGAGGACCCUGAUGCUGUGAUGGUGGACCAACCCAAAGAGAAUGAGGGCUCAAUGGCCCUGCAGAGCUUCCCCUCACCCACCAAGAGCAUCUGCAGUCCCAUUGAGACCAAUGACACACAAGGCCUCAAAGGCUCAAGCCACCACUCUUCCCAGGCUAGUGUCGGGCCUGAACCAAUUGACCAUUCAUCCCCCAUACUCCUCUGGGAGAAGCUGUACCAGACGGAGCCGCACCAGUCCUCCACCACCCUGUCAAACACCUUCCCCAGAGGCAGCUUUAACAGCAUGAGACGAGCCUCAUCUGUCCAUGAAAUUGAGGCCUACAGCUCCAAUUCCAAAAGCAUAUUCGGGGAUCGUACUACCAGCGAAGGCCCUUUUAAUAAUGUGAAGUCCAGCCUGCUUGGCUCUACCUCUGAUUCUAACAUCAACAAGUAUACCACCAUCCAUAAGAUCCCCCUGAUUGCACUGAACUUCAACGAGCGGACUGAAAAUAAGGCUCAUUCUCCACCAACAUCCGAGACAACCAUCAUAGCACCAAAGGUCAAAGAAAGAACUCACAAUGUCACAGAGAAAGUCACACAGGUCCUGUCACUUGGAGCUGAUGUGCUGCCAGAGUACAAACUCCAGACAGCCCGCAUUGACAAGUUCACCAUCCUUCACUACAGCCCCUUCAAAGCUGUGUGGGACUGGCUGAUCCUGCUGCUGGUCAUCUACACUGCCAUCCUCACUCCUUACUCCGCUGCCUUCCUUCUCAAUGACCAGGAGGAGCAGAAGAGGCGUGAAUGUGGAUACUCCUGCAGCCCUCUGAACGUGGUGGAUUUAAUGGUGGACAUCAUGUUUAUCAUCGACAUCCUCAUAAACUUCAGGACCACCUACGUAAACAUAAACGAAGAGGUGGUCAGUGAUCCAGCUAAGAUAGCAAUCCAUUAUUUUAAAGGCUGGUUCCUCAUAGACAUGGUGGCGGCAAUCCCAUUUGACCUUCUUAUCUUUGGCUCAGGAUCAGAUGAGACCACCACUCUGAUUGGCCUGUUGAAGACAGCUAGGCUCCUGCGAUUGGUGCGUGUAGCCAGGAAGUUGGACCGCUACUCUGAGUAUGGUGCUGCGGUCCUCAUGCUGCUCAUGUGCAUCUUUGCCCUCAUUGCCCAUUGGUUAGCCUGCAUCUGGUACGCCAUUGGCAAUGUGGAGAAGCCUUACUUGGAGCACAAGAUUGGCUGGCUGGACAAUCUGGGUGUGUCCAUAGGAAAGAUAUACAACUACAGCGACCCUAACUCUGGUCCCUCCAUCAAGGACAAGUAUGUCACUGCACUUUACUUCACCUUCAGCAGUCUGACCAGCGUGGGCUUUGGAAAUGUUUCCCCAAACACCAACUCUGAGAAGAUCUUCUCCAUCUGUGUCAUGUUGAUUGGCUCCCUCAUGUAUGCCAGUAUUUUCGGAAACGUCUCAGCCAUCAUCCAGAGGUUGUACUCGAGUACGGCCAGGUAUCAUGCUCAGAUGUUACGGGUCAGGGAGUUCAUACGCUUCCACCAGAUACCCAACCCUCUGAGGCAGAGGCUGGAGGAGUACUUCCAACACUCCUGGGCCUACACCAAUGGCAUUGAUAUGAACACGGUGUUAAAAGGUUUUCCUGAGUGCCUGCAGGCGGAUAUCUGCCUUCAUCUCAACAAGAAUCUUCUUGAGGAGUGCAAAGCGUUCCAAGGAGCCUCCAAAGGCUGCCUGAGGGCUUUGGCCAUGCACUUCAAAACCACUCACGCCCCUCCUGGAGAUACUCUGGUCCACUGUGGCGAUGUGCUCACCUCUCUCUACUUUAUGUCCCGUGGCUCUAUUGAGAUCCUGAAAGAUGACAUUGUGGUAGCCAUCCUGGGAAAAAAUGACAUAUUUGGGGAAAUUAUCCAUGUACUUGCCAAACCUGGGAAGUCCAAUGCUGAUGUGCGCGCGUUGAGCUACUGUGACCUGAGCACCAUUCAGAGGGAGGAUCUGCUGGAGGUGAUAGACAUGUACCCAGAGUUUGCCGACUACUUCUUCAACAACCUGGAGCUGACCUUUAACCUCAGAGAUGAGUCUCCAAAGCCCUCCAUCUCCCAUGGCGGGGAUUCAGACGGCGAGGGCAGUAAGAGCAUCAAAAGAAGGAUCUCCUUCACACCAGAUGUAUCUGCAGUGGAAAACAAGGGAGAGGUAACAAACUUAGGGAGGGAGCGGGAGUCUAACUCGUCCCUAAAGAGAAGUACAGAAGUCCUGGAACCCUCUACACCCAACGCCAUCCUGGGCUCACAUCUGGCAGUCAGAGAGAACGUGGAGAGAAGACCAUCUUUCGAAGAUCUGUGCUGUGAUAAAUGGGCUUGUAAGAAGCCUGCGGAGUACCUGGAUGAGUCAGCACAAUUCCAGGACCUGAGAGAGGACGAUAACUCGGCCAGCGAGAUCACGUAUGGAGAGGUGGAACAGCGCUUAGGUCAGCUUCAAGAGCACUUAAACAGGCUGGAGAAUCAGAUGGUGACAGAUAUUCAGACCAUCCUGCAGCUGCUGCAAAGACAGCCGACACUGGGACCUCCGGCCUACAGCACAGUGACUGCCAGCCUAGACUAUCACACACCUGCUGUGAAGGUUCAGCCAGCUGCUCUGACUGCAUGCCAUGUUUUCAGCCAUACAGGAACUCAAGGCCCCAACCAGGAACUGGAGAGGGCCGUUCAGGAAUCCAAAGACUCUCUGUCGAGCUUGGCCAACGUGAAUGCUCCCAUCGAGGGCAGCCUUACAGCAUCGCUUGUACAAAGACAUACAGAGACUCAACAACAACAAAAACAGAUCACCCUGCAUCAACAGUCAGCACUGAUGCUUCUUCCAACUGAAACCUCUUCAAUCUCCUCCUCUUCCUCAGCAGCCCCUUCUGACUCCAACCUCCACACCACUGGCCUCCAAAAACCUGUCUCAGACUCAGAGUUUCCAAGGCCAUAAUCUUCCAGAGGCACGUUGUUCUUAUACCUGGGUUGUUAAGCUGUUAUUACUUUUUUAAGUAGCAGCUUUUUAUCAGCAUGCUGGCACAGGCAUCUGUAUUGUUCAUUUGCAAUGGCUUGGUAUUAGUAGGCCUGGUAGGAUGUUUUUUUUCCUUCAUUAUGCAUGUGGAUUAAAAAAAAACCGGUUUGCUACAGUUAACAGUUGGUUAACUGCUAUCAGUCUAGUAACAAUGGUUACAUAUUGUAACGACAGCUCUAUAAACACUGAAGCCCUCUGAUGGACUCUUUAAGCAUCAUCACACUCAAAAUGUUGAUGCCCAACCAAUCAAGAUGAACCUAUUCAACCACACAAAGAGUGGUCCAAUAAGAGGACAGAAAUGAACUAUUUAUUAAGUUUACAGCUUCCUAACUAAUUACAACUUCAUCUGCAUGUAAACUGGUUAAAGGGCAUUACCAAGUUGUGCUAGAACUAGCACUGCAACAUCAUAUCAGCGUCCUGUGUCACUCAAGCUUUGCACUCUAAUGGGCCGUAAUGGAUUCUGUACAAUGUGACUUUUCAUUUUAUUUCCUGACACAUUACUGGUCCCAGAGGGCUGGGCUAAGACUCAGCCAUAAUAACCACCACACAGUACCCUUAACAAUUUGCGUUCCACUGGACCCCAGGAAACAGACAACCUUGAGAAUCAGAGAGAUGUGUCCCUUCCCCCAUCAUAACUUGCUAAACAAGCAGAGUCAACUGACCUACCUCACACAGACUAGGGUCUCAAUUUUCAGUCCAAUGUAUCAUACUUACUUCGGGUUACUUCCUGGUGUCAGCUGCAAAGCUGUGAUAAGCUUAGUUCCCCAACACCCAUCAUAUUAGUCCUUCCCAGGAAACCACAAAAUGUAUGCACAGUAUGAAACCACCUGCUCCUCAACAUCCCUAAUGAAGGUGCAUGUAGGUCCCAAUAGUAAGACACCUGACGGACAAGGUGACACUUGAAAACCUCUGGAAAUCAAAUGAUGCCAGCAGGAAAAUACCACACACACAGAUCCUGCCCAUCCUGAACGAUUUGGUAAUAGUUAAUCAUUUUUGACAGCAACCAUCUCUUCGGACAGGAGUUUGCUAAUAUCCUUACUAGGCUUUAUCCCACCCAACAUUUCAUGUCUGUCGUCAGAAGAAGGAUCUCUCCAGCAGCUAAGUGUUAACAAAGAAUGGCUACUGUACACCUCACUCCCUAAAAGUCCCAAGAGACAGGGCAAACAACAGUGACAACACUCUAGUCAGUUUAAGGGAAGUAGAGAUGGAGACCACAAAUAAAGAUUACAAACGAUGGUGACAUCUCUCACCAGUGUUUCGAGGCAGAUUGCAAGUCCAACCUGAAACUUGGAAGCAGUGUGAGCCAAAGUUAGGGCCCUAGACUACUUAGUGUACUCAUUUCCAUUAUAUGUGUAGGAUCUGAAUAACCAAAUUAUGAGAGGGGGACUUUGCUGAAGAAUGUGUGUAGAAUCUGAAUCUGAAGCUGAUGCAGGCCAUAGGUUAAAACGCAUAAUAUGAAUUUCCACUUCUGGGAUACUGGCCAUGUUUACACCGGCAAUAGUCAAUACUGAAAAAGAUCUUGUUAGAGCCCAUAAGAGUGACAAGCCCGUGUGCUAUACAGAUACACACUAUACAAAAACAAUUCUGCAGCUAUUAGUGAAGCGCAACAUUAUUACAAAGGUAUGACAACAGUUUUUCUUAUUCAUUGUGCCCAUCUUCUCUGAAGUGUGACUCAGGGGUUAUGGAAAAUUGCACUGCAAUAUACAGUACAGUAUAAAGUAUUCUGUAUUUUUCUUCUUUAAACAAUGUGCAUUAUUACUGCGUCACUAAUGUGCACCUACUGCACAAGGUCAAGCCAACAGAAUGCACCAUACAUGCUUGUCCGGGCAGAUAUCAUAACAUGCAGCUUGAAGUCUUUCUGCUGUUCUGCUGCCUCAGACAAACAAGUAUGUUGUAGGUAUUUCUACAUGGCAGUGCAUGUGUUUUAUAUUUAUAUAUUUACUGUUUUGCACUUCUUAUGAGCCCAAAGUAGCACAUUACAAUAUGAAAAUGAUGUCAGCAUAUUUGUCUCUUCUUAGGAUACACAUGGUGUGUUGGGGGAGAGGUGGGAUGGGGACACCUGGAAAGUUAGUACUUGUGCAUAAGCAGGCCCCAGAGAGGGUUUUGUGCCUAUACUACCAAUCCAAAUGCAAAGUCAGCAUCUUCAUGUAUAACUAACAAUAACAUAGACGAAGCAUACAGAUUCUUGUAUUUUUUUGGUGGCAAUGUACGUCAAUGUUGAAUUGUUGUUAGACAAUUGUUAGAAGAUAAAUGCAUCACAUUGCAGAAAGUAUUUUUUUUAACUGAGUAAAUAAUAUGGGAAACUCUUUAGCAAAACAGUACUACAUAUGUUUGUUUUUAAGCUGUGGGAGCAAUAAAUGAAAACACACA